CGGAGACAUUCAACAAGAUUUCUCGACAUUGGCGCAGCUUGUCUAUCAUCACUCCAGCCACGUAUCAUUCUUGUUGCCAUUGCGUGUACUGUGGCUGCCCUUUCCCUCUAAUCCUUGAUUGUCAGAGAUGCCGUUGUCAAUCAUGUUAUACCUACCUUAAGUCAUUCAUCAUGGCUCUCUGACACCAAAUUUCAGUCGCUCCGAAAACCUGAACCAAACCCCAAACCACAUCUCCAACUCACCGCUCCUCACACACAGACUCCCACAAUCAUGUCGAGAUUCCGCAAAUGGGUUCUCUCCUCCCCACCGGCAGAAUGGGCACUGAAUCAGCUCCGGGAGCUACUCAUUGGUGCCCUUCGUCAGGGCCCGGUUCCCAAGCAUGUCGCGUUCGUUAUGGAUGGAAAUAGGCGGUUUGCCAAAGACCACAGAAUUGAAACAAUCGAAGGCCAUAACCUGGGGUUUGAGGCUUUGGCAAAGAUCCUCGAGGUCUGCUAUAAAUCAGGUGUGACACAUGUUACCAUCUACGCCUUCAGCAUUGAGAAUUUCAAGAGAUCAAAGUAUGAGGUCGAUGGGCUUAUGGAAAUGGCCAAGAUCAAGCUGAAGCAGCUUGUUCAGCAUGGCGACUUGCUCGAUCGAUACGGUGCUCGUGUCCGAAUCCUUGGCCAGCGAGAACUCAUCAAACCUGACGUCCUCGAAGCCGUUGACCGCGCCGUUGAAAUGACAUCUCGUAAUGGCAACUGCGUGCUGAACAUUUGCUUCCCGUAUACAAGCAGGGAGGAAAUCACAUCUGCAGUCCGAGACACUGUUGUCGAAUACAGUCGGCCGAUUCCGCAGCCAGGAUCGGACAAGAGCCAUCGAAGUCCUUUUAAGGAAGAGCGGAUAGCAAAUACGAUCCGGUCGCAGCAUCUCUCGGAUCACAAGCGGGUGGAAACUGCACCAAGCCUGCCUAUAUAUGCUUCAAGCACAAACCUCCAGUCUCCAAACUCAAGCACGACCUCUCUUUCGUCAAACUCACAGCCUCAGUCUGAUCAGGAAAACGACGCUUCGAGCGUUUCCACAUCCACAACACUCCACCAAGACGAUUGUUCCCCACCAACUGGUCUGAAUCCUUUAUCCAAGGCCACUGCCUCCAACAAAGAAGCUCAAUUUCUGAAUCCUGAGAACAUCACAGCCGAUACACUCACCUCUCACAUGUAUACAGGGCCGGACCCACCAGUGGAUUUACUGGUACGGACAAGUGGAGUCAGCCGACUAUCAGAUUUCCUGCUCUGGCAGUGUCACGAAUCGACGCAGAUUGUAUUCCUCGAUGUCCUGUGGCCCGACUUUGACCUGUGGAGUUUCCUGCCCGUGCUAUGGGAGUGGCAGUGGAGAACGACCAAGGAGGGAACAAGGAGUGAGGAUGAAAAUAGCCCAAAGACACUGCAUCGAGUACAAAACCCGACAACCAAGGUUGCAGUGGCUUAGAACCAUACAACGGUUGACGAUCUGAGCCGGGAAAAGAGCCCUGUAUGGUGUCCAAGUAUAUAGCAUCAACACACGAUGCUAUAGCGUGUGCAUGAUACCCACCACAUAACUGUCACAUUUACCAUCGGCUCGCAUGUUCUCCAGGCUGUCAGUGUUGCGCUGGCUGAUCUCCUUUCUACAGUUGUUGAUAUGUCUUAGCUGCCACUGGACAAGACCCUCGAUGAUGCUAAGACUGUCCGGGCUAGAAGCCAAGUAGGAUGGGCAUAGCAUAGUCCGAUCAUGUACGAUGAGAGUCGAAAGAUGUACAAGGUCUUGAUAGACCGGUCUAGCCUCUCAGGGGCAGUACGAGCACAGGCUUGGAAACCUCGUCGGACAAUCACUUCUUGACGGAAACCUUAUCCAAACUCAGGUGAUGAUGAGACGGUCACCUGACCUGAUCACGGGUGAGGAAAGGGACAUACGGAGUACAUGUUCACAGCCACAGGAUGGUAUUAAUCUCCAAUCACACAACGUGGCUUCUGUUGAUUGUCUAGCCUUGAAGCGUAUGGAAGAGCUCGUGCAAUUUUCGGUAUGGCUUUCUCAGUGAAGCCUUCGACGGCAUUUGCGAGUAGAUGAGCAAUCGAUCGGUUGGGAGCAAGGUCUAGUACCUGAGUCAAAGUGAGUCAAAUUACUGAGAUAGGUCCAUGCACCGCACUUCGGACGGCUUCCCCAGCCUUCGAGGGGAAGUCCCGCUGCCGCGGAGAUGUCAGUUUUAGUAGACCCUCACAAUGUGUACCGGUGUAACCGAUAGCCAGGGAUCAAAAUGCGGAGAAGACCCCAGAAUACAGCGAUACAAUGCAG